AUGGCAGUGUCUGAAUUCUUUUCACCACUGUCUUUCCACACGUUUCUGAAGGUGAACAGGAACAACCCAUAUGAAAUCAUACAGAUGAAGAGUACAGAUUUGUUGUUUUACAAUAAAAACAACAUCCAAAACAGUUUCAACUAUCAACUGUCAUCCAAAAAUGAAAAUCAACUGUCUUCUGAAAAUGAACUGAAGAUUUUUGAAAAACUCAAGCAGAAUCUGCUCAAGAAACUAUCUUCUGACAAUAAAACGGACAUUACAUAUCCAGAGUGGAAUUCAGUUAAACAAUCAGAUUUUCCAGAUCCAAAAUACACACAACCUCGCAUUACAAAUCUAAACACAAACCCUUCCAGGACAGUGUCAGAAAAUGGGAUAGGAAUAGUCAUUACAGUAAAAGCAGACUUUUUUGGUGACCAGUAUGCUGUGGAUGAUGUUCCUUCACAAACAGACUGUCCAAACAAUAUCAGAAAGCGUGUACCUCAUACCAACUUCUCUGAGACGUUUCUACAAACAAUUCCAGUCCUGCAGUGGGCAAAGCAUUUUACUCCAGAAGAAUACCAGCGAUUGAGACGUUAUAAUGGAACUCAUGGCUGGGGACGUGUUUCUGUCGAUGUGUUAAAUAGCUCACUGGGGAUUUUAAACACAUCCGCAAAUCGGUUAAUGUUUGACGACUGGGAGCAAAGGAAAAGCAGAUCGCCGUGCAUCCGCUGUGCCGUGGUGGGAAAUGGAGGAAUACUGAAUGGAUCAAAAAAAGGCAAAGAGAUUGAUGAACAUGAUUAUGUGUUCAGGGUGAAUGGUGCGAUUUUAAAGGGGUUUGAGGAGGAUGUGGGAACUCGAACAUCUUUUUAUACAUUCUCAACAAACACCAUGCGAAACUCCAUGCGUAGUUAUGCUCGCUUGGGCUACAGGGGACCACCAGUAACCGAGGAGACCAGAUACAUUUUUUUGCCAGAUCACGACCGAGACUACAUUCUUAUGAGAGCGGCCGCCACACAUACGGUCAUUGAAAAAGGCCCUGAGCGCGGCAAAACACCACCUAAAUACUUUGGUGAAAAUGUGACGGUGAAAAACUUCAAAAUGUACCACCCGGAUUUUGUUCGUUAUCUAAGAAACAGGUUCUUGCAUUCACGCCUUUUGAGAACAGGUGCCAAAAAAUUUUACAGACCAUCCACAGGAGCGGUGAUGCUUCUGGCUGCUCUUCAUACGUGUGAUCAGGUUGAUGCUUACGGGUUCAUGACUCCAAACUGGACUUCAUUCUCAGACCACUACUAUGACAAAAAGAUAAAGCCUGUGCGUUUUUAUGCCAGUCAUGACAUGCGUAUGGAGAUGAAGUUGUGGAAGCAGUUGCAUGAGGCCGGACUGAUAAAUCUCUUCAUGCGUAACUGAGAACGCUCUUCACAGGGUGCUUAUUUAAACUAAAAAGGGUGGCAUUUGGCCACAGGAUAAACCUGUUCUUCCUUUUAAACCUUUAUUUGGGAUUUAUUUGCUUUAAAAGGUGAAGAUCAGACAUUGUUCAGUUGGGCACUGCAAACAGAAACUUUGUUGCUGACCUUCUGAAUAAUGGUUCAGACCAAUAGGCUGACUAAUGCAUCAUAGGGCGAGGAGAUAAUAACAAGGUAAGAUAUUGGAAUAACUAACCCACACAAACAUCUGCUUGUCCACAAACGGUCAUUGCAGAUGUAGGUGGAGCACA